GGUAUAGGAAAACUUCCAAAGCUUCAAGAAUUAUUCUUGGGUGGAAAUAGACUUUCAGGACAAAUACCUUCUUUUAUAGGCAGUCUCACUCUUUUGUAUCGACUCCAUUUAGAAGAAAACAACUUGAAUGGAAGCAUUCCUUUCAGCAUUGGAAAUUGUCAACAGUUACAGUACCUAACCCUUAAUAAUAAUAGCCUCCAAGGCUCAAUACCUAAACAACUCUUCCUUAUUUCCUCCAUGUCAAUAUCUCUUGAUUUAUCUUCUAAUUCUCUGGUCGGUUCCCUACCAGUUGAAAUUGGUAAUUUGAAGAGUCUUUCCACAAUAGAUAUCUCCAAAAACAAAUUGUCUGGAGAAAUCCCCUAUUCCAUUGGUGAUUGUAAUAGUUUGGAACAUCUUUAUAUGGGUGGUAAUUUCUUUGAAGGAACCAUUCCUCAAUCUUUGACUCUUUUGAAGGGGCUUCUAGAUUUAGAUCUCUCACACAACAACUUAUCAGGGAAUAUCCCGAAAGAUCUACAGAAUCUUUUAGCAUUGCGAAGUUUGAAUUUAUCUUUCAAUAAUCUUGAGGGGGAGGUACCAACAAAAAGAAUCUUUGGAAAUGCAAGUGCAGUUUUGGUGAAUGGAAAUGAUAAGCUUUGUGGGGGAGUUGCGGAGUUACAUCUGCCUACAUGCACAAACCAUGGAUUUACGAAACAAGGAAAGUCCAAUGCUUUUAGAAUAGUUUUGGCGAUAGUCGGUGUGGUUCUUGGUUUUAUUUUGAUAUUUUCCUUUCUUACUCUCUAUUGGAUAAGAAGAUCAAAAAGUAAACCUCCAUCCACACCAUUAAUCGGUGAUCAAUUCUUAAAGCUUUCUUACAAAGAGCUCUUCCAAGCUACUGGAGGAUUUUCUUCAGCAAAUUUCAUAGGUUCCGGUGGUUUUGGCUCUGUAUACAAAGGUAUUAUCGACCAAGAUACAACCAUUGUUGCAAUCAAGGUACUCAACCUUCAAAAUCCAAGAGCUUACAAGAGCUUUACGGCUGAAUGCGAAGCAUUAAGAAACAUUCGGCAUCGAAAUCUUGUCAAGAUUUUAACUUCAUGUUCAAGUCUUGAUUCAAAAGGCAAAGAUUUCAAAGCCCUUGUUUAUGAGUUCAUGCCCAAUGGGAGUCUAGAUGAUUGGUUGCAUCCGCCGAUGGCGGCAAAUAAUAAUUCAAGGAGUUUAAGCCUUCUUCAAAGAUUAAACAUCGCAAUUGAUGUGGCUUCUGCAUUGGAUUACCUUCAUUACCACUGCUAUACGAAAAUUGUUCAUUGUGACUUGAAGCCAAGUAAUAUUCUGCUUGACAGUGAUAUGACUGCACAUGUCAGUGAUUUUGGUUUGGCGAGGCUACUUUUAGAACUUGACGACAAUUCAUCUCAGGGUCAAACUAGUACCAUUGGGAUAAAAGGAUCUAUUGGCUAUGCUGCUCCAGAAUAUGGCAUGGGUGGAAGGGCAACUACACAAGGGGACAUGUUUAGCUAUGGGAUCCUUUUAUUAGAGAUGUUCACAGGAAAAAGGCCAACUGAUCAGAUGUUUACUGAUGAUUUAAAUCUCCAUAACUUUGCAAAGACAACUUUACUUGUACACUUCAUGCAAAUUUUAGAUCCAACACUCAUACCCAAUGAAGAACAAAGUGAAGAAAUUGAAGAGGAUGCUAUCAACAGAACUGAAGGUCCUAUUCAUAGGCUAGAUAGAUUGCAAGAUUGCAUAACGUCAAUAAUUGAAAUUGCACUCCAAUGCUCCAUGGAAUCGCCAAGAGAACGUAUGAGCAUGAAUGAUGUUGUGAGAAGACUACAUUUAAUCAGAGGAAAAUUUUCUUGAA